GUUUCGCGGCCGCGUUUCAUCCUCCGACUUCUGGACGAGGAUGCGCUGCUGAGUGAUGCAGCUUUGAAGCUGCCGUGCACGUUGCAGCUGGUUCUGCUGCCCUACCGCGCAGCGGAUCUUGCUGAUGCCCAGGCUCUGAUCGCUGCUGCGGGCCGGGACGACCCGGAUGCCGUCUCGGCGCUGCUGCAUUG